GAUAGUGCUUGGCAGCGACUAGCGUUGGCAGAACAAUAGUUGUCGUUACUUGUAACGUCGUGUCAGUGAAAUGUAUAUUUCGGUUUUCGGUAGCCACCUAGAGAAUAUUAAUAGCAAAGCACUGCCAAUGUACUCCAAUAAUUGUUUUGUUUGUACCAACAUAAAUAUAGGAGUCAUUGGAGCAAGUAGUAAGUAGAACGUUUUUGUUUAUAAUUCAAAUUGCAUAGAAAAAAUUUAAGAACUCGUGAAACUUUAUUAAAUUGGACAAAAACUCACAAACGAUAAAUAUUAUUUUUUUGUUAUAAAAAAUUAAAACACGUGUUACGCGCUUCGAAACUUGUAGAGCCCGAUGGAGAAAUGUGCAAUCUGCAUUAAAACGCAAAUAACGGUGGCAACGCCUCAAAUCCAAGAGAAAAACUGCCAUUUAAAAAUCAUAGAAGGGGGAUCCCGACAGGACAUGGCGGGCGAUCCGGGGAGGCUGCCGACGACUCUGCUGCCGGAGCGGUACGCCAUCUGGCUGGUCCCGCACCUGGACGAUGGCUCGUUCCUGCUCGACGGCUCAGUGGCCGUCACCUUCCGCGCCACCGCCGCGGCCAGCAACAUCACCCUGCACGCCGAGGACAUGGCGAUCACCGACGGCUCCGUCAGCGUGGUCGCGGAGGGCGGUUCCGCGGUGGCCCUGGACGGGUGGGAGCUGGACGGCCCGAACCGGUUCCUGGUCGUCAAGCUGGGCGAGCGACUGUCCGCGAACCAGCGGUACACGCUGAGCCUCAACUACACCGGCAACCUCAGGGACGGCAUGAACGGCUUCUACCGCUCGUACUACUACCAGGGUGCCGAGAAGAGGUGGCUCGCUGCAACUCAGUUCCAGUCGACCGCCGCUAGGAAGGCCUUUCCCUGCUUCGACGAGCCUGGCUUCAAGGCAAAGUUCCAGGUCAACAUCGCCCGUGAUUCCCAGAGAACAUCGCUGUCCAACAUGCCCGUGCUGGAGACAGUAUAUGACUCGGGCCUGAACCUGACGUGGGACCGCUUCGAGGAGACGCCGAUGCCGAUGGCGACCUACCUGGUGGCCUUCCUGGUGUCGGACUUUGCCAGCGUGACCUCGGCAGAUGGCCGGCUCAGGACGUGGCAGCGAGGCGACGCCGUGCGCCAGGGCGACUACAGCGCGACGUUCAGCCCCGACGUCCUGGCGGUGCUGGAGAACCUCACCGGGGUGGACUACUUCCUGCCCAAGCUGGACCAGGCGGCCGUCCCUGACUUCGCCGCCGGGGCCAUGGAGAACUGGGGGCUCGUCAAGUACAGGGAGCGCAACUUGCUGUUCGACGAAGGGAGCUCGACGUCGUCCAACAAGCAGAGGAUAGCCGAGGUGAUCGCCCACGAGCUGGCGCACAUGUGGUUCGGCAACCUGGUGACCCCGGCCUGGUGGUCGUACCUCUGGCUCAGCGAGGGCUUCGCCACCUUCUUCCAGUACUUCGGCGCGGCCCAGGUUGAGCCUGAGAUGAGAUUGGAUGAACAGUUCUUGCUGCUGCAACACCACACAGCACUCCAGACUGAUGCUGUUCUGUCGACCCAUUCUAUUACCAAGGUGGUGUCCUCUUCAGAACUUGGCACCAUCAUAUCACGGAUAGUGUAUAAUAAAGCUGCAUCAGUCAUUCGUAUGGCGCAACACUUCCUAACCACUAGUGUCUUCUAUGCUGGCUUGAACAGAUACCUCACAGAACGGGGCAACGGGACGGUGGUCCCUGGAGACCUGUUCGCGGCCCUGCAAGAAGCAUACUCUCAGCAGUCCGAGGGAGAGCGGGUGGACGUCGCCCAUGUGCUGGACUCGUGGACCAGUCAGCCGGGCUACCCGGUCCUCACCGUCACCAGGGACUACGCCGCCGGCUCGGCCAACAUCAGCCAGAAACGAUUCCUCCUGUGGAGUGAAGAAGCAGCAGCUGAUGGCACCGACUACAAGUGGUGGAUUCCCAUCACCUACACCACGCAACGAAGCAUUAACUUCACGAGCACGGUCCCUCGGACUUGGCUGAACGGCACAGACAAGUGGAAGGUCAUAGCCAGUUUGGGGGCUUUGCGCAGCCAGUGGGUCAUAUUCAACUUACAAGAGACAGGCUUCUACCGCGUGAACUACGACGCGGAGAACUGGCGCCUGCUGGCCAGCUACCUCGACUCGGAGUACUUGGACGAGAUCCACGUCCUGAACCGCGCCCAGCUGCUGGACGACGCCCUCAACCUGGCCCGCGCCGGCCAGCUCGAGUACAGCGUGGCGCUGCCGCUCACGCGCUACCUCGCCAGGGAGACCGACUACAUCGCCUGGUACCCGGCCCUCGCCGCCCUGUCCUUCCUCGACCAGAGGCUCCGCGGCCUGGGGGAGUACCCCCACCACGUCUUCCAGACGUACAUGCUGAAACUUCUCGACCCGCUGUACAAGUCCCUGGGUUUCGAAGAACGGCAAGGCGAUGAUCACGUGACGAAGCUGCUGAGGAACUUGGUGCUCUCGUGGGAGUGCAACUAUGGACAACGGGACUGUGUGUCCAAAUCCACAGAAUUGUUCAAUAACUUCAUGAACAAUGCUACAGGGUCCAGUGUUCCGCCGGACCUGAGGUCGGUGGUGUACUGCGCCGGUCUGCGUCAUGGCGGGGAGCGGGAGUGGCAGUUCCUGUGGGACCGCCUGGCGAGCACCCGGGUCGCCACGGAGGAGGGCCUCAUCAUGACGGCGCUGGGCUGCACCCGGAAUGAGACUCUCGCUCACAGGUACUUGGCGAAGACUAUAGAGUCAGACUCAGGAAUCAGAGCACAAGACAUUUCCAGUGUUGUUCCUGCCGUGCUGAGUCAGCCCAGUGGUGUGGAUUUCACCAUCAGCUACCUUGCCAGCUUUUAUACAAGGAUAAUGCAAUACAAUAACAACUCGACUGGAUCGGUCAGCUCUUUAAUAUCACAAAUAGCUAACUAUGUGACCACAGCAGAGCAACUGCAAAAGCUGAAGGAGGUAGUCGCCAACAUCACGGCCGACAUCGGCUCCAACACCCUCCUCAGCAGCCUGCAGUCGGCCGAGACAAACCUCCAGUGGCUGCAGACCCACGGAGCCGCGGUGUCCGACUGGGUGAAGCAGCAGGACUACCGACUGCCCACCAGCAUCCUGCCCGAGCACUACCACGUGGUCCUGAGGCCGAACCUGGACGACGGCACCUUCCAGUUCGAGGGCCGCGUCAACAUAACCUUCGUGGUGACCGGCAACACGGACCGCAUCACGCUGCACGCGCACGACCUGGAGAUAGAGGAGGACACCAUAUCCGUGGGCGUGGGCGUCGCCGCGGUGACCAUGGACCCGGUGCGACAGUUCCUGGACAUCAAGCUGGAGCAGGAGCUGGUGGCGGGGAGACGCUACCGACUCCACAUGUUCUACAAGGGCUACCACCGCGAGGACUUGGCUGGUUUCUACCGUUCCUAUUACUUCAAGAAUGGUGUGAAGAGGUGGCUCGCAUCCACUCAGUUCUCACAGACCAGUGCCAGAAGAGCGUUCCCUUGUUUCGAUGAACCUGGCUUAAAGGCAAAGUUCAAGAUCGUCAUAGGACGGACAGCAGACAGACAUUCCUUGAGCAACAUGCCGCUUGAGUUUUCCGAAAAUGACGAGUACGAGAGCAUAGUGUGGGACCACUUUGAAGAGACGCCCAUGCCUCUGUCCACGUACCUGGUUGGGUUCGUGGUGUCGGACUUUGUCAACGUGAGCUCGGGCGACGGCUUCCACCGCACGUGGCAGCGGCCGGAUGCGGUUGGCCAGGCCGCGUACAGCGUGGGGCUGGCUCCCAGGAUCAUGGCCGCCCUCGAGAGCUACACCGGCCUCGACUACUUCCUGCCCAAGCUGGACCAGGUGGCCGUGCCGGACUUCUUCUUCGGCGCGAUGGAGAACUGGGGGCUCGUCACCUACAGGGAGCGAGCACUCCUCGUGGAGGAGGGCGUGACGCCGUCGAGCUACAAGCAGGCCGUGGCGACGGUGAUGGCGCACGAGUUGGCGCACAUGUGGUUCGGCAACCUGGUCACCCCCGCCUGGUGGGAGCACACCUGGCUCAAGGAGGGCUUCGCCCGCUUCUUCGAGUUCUUCGCCGCAGCGGAGGUCGAGCGGACUUGGCAGCUGGAAGAGCAGUUUGUUCCGUUACAAGUUCAGACAGCUCUGUCCGCAGACGCUUUAGAAUCUGCGCACCCGCUCAGCAAUCACGUUGACACGCCAUCUUCAAUAAGGGAAAUGUUUGGCACAAUCAGCUACAAUAAAGGAGCAUCUAUAAUAAGAAUGAUGGAGCAUUUUCUAACAAAAGAAACAUUCAGCCGAGGACUGAGGAAAUAUCUUUCACGACAUGGAAACAGUACUGCAGUGCCUGAUAAUUUGUUCGCCGCCCUCCAAGAACAGUAUGACGAAGACACGCAGAAUGGAACCCAGUACGGUCAAUAUACCUCGGGCAGAAUUUUGCCGAUAUUUGUGAAAACAAUCAUGGACACAUGGAUUUUGCAGAAAGGGUAUCCUGUAAUCACAGUGACCAGAAGCUAUACUGCAACAACAGCCACUGUCACCCAGAGUCGCUUCCUUCUGCGGCGGGACGCGGGCAGCAGCGACACGCGCACGUACCGCUGGUGGGUGCCCCUGACCUACACCACGCAGGCCAGCCCCAACUUCACCUCCACCACCGCCGACCACUGGCUCACCGGCCUGCAGGUCAGUAGCUGGACCAUCAGCCUGGCCGCCAGCCCCGCCCAGUGGGUCCUCUUCAACAUCCAGCAGACGGGCUUCUACCGCGUCAACUACGACGCCCGCAACUGGGCGCUGCUGUCCGACUACCUGCGCUCCGAGUACCACGACGAGAUCCACGUGCUGAACCGCGCUCAGCUGCUGGACGAUGCCUUCGCGCUGGCUCGGGCCGGGAGCCUGGACUACGGCACGGCGCUCCGGCUGUCCCGGUACCUCGCCUUCGAGACGGAGUACGUGCCUUGGGCCGCCGCCCUCGGUGCCUUCAGCUACAUCGACCGCCGGAUGAUGGGGCUGGGAGAGUACGAACAUCACGUCUUCAAGAGCUACGUGCUGAAACUCCUGGAGAACGUGUUCGCCUCCCUGGGGCUGGAGGAGCGGUCCGAGGACACCCACGUCACCCGACUGCACAGGAACCUGAUAGCCUCCUGGGCCUGCAACUACGGAGUCAAGAGCUGCACUGACAUGGCGAGGAGCGAGUUCGCCAAGCUCAUGGCCGACCCGGACAACUACAUAGUGAAUGCUGACUUGAAGACUGUGAUCUAUUGCAAUGGACUCCGCUAUGGCGGUGAAGCCGAGUUCAACUUCCUGUGGAAUCGCUAUCUAACACACAACGUGAAUUCUGAACAAGUUCUUAUUCUAGGAGUGAUGGGUUGUACCAGAAAUGAAACGCUUGCACACGGCUUCCUGAGGACAUCACUGUCAAAUGAAUCCAACAUCAGACAACAUGACCAGUCGUUAGUGUAUUCAUCCGUUCACAAUAAUUUUUACGGAGUUGACUUCACAAUCAACUUCUUACGAGACAACUACCAGGAAAUAAUACAUUCAAACAAUUCCGUCAAUACCAUUUCUUCAGUGGUAUCUGGUAUUGCUGGUGCAAUAUACUCAGAGGAGCAACUGUCUAAACUGAAGGAGGUAGUCGCCAACAUCACGGCCGACAUCGGCUCCGACACCCUCCUCAGCAGCCUGCAGUCGGCCGAGACAAACCUCCAGUGGCUGCAGACCCACGGAGCCGCGGUGUCCGACUGGGUGAAGCAGCAGGACUACCGACUGCCCACCAGCAUCCUGCCCGAGCACUACCACGUGGUCCUGAGGCCGAACCUGGACGACGGCACCUUCCAGUUCGAGGGCCGCGUCAACAUAACCUUCGUGGUGACCGGCAACACGGACCGCAUCACGCUGCACGCGCACAACCUGGAGAUAGAGGAGGACACCAUAUCCGUGGGCGUGGGCGUCGCCGCGGUGACCAUGGACCCGGUGCGACAGUUCCUGGACAUCAAGCUGGAGCAGGAGCUGGUGGCGGGGAGACGUUACCAGCUGUACAUGUCUUAUAAAGGGUACCACCGCGAGGACAUGAAUGGAUUCUAUCGGACGUACUACUACAAGAAUGGUGUGAAGAGGUGGUUAGCCUCGACCCAGUUUCAACCAACAAGUGCUAGGAGAGCAUUCCCUUGCUUCGAUGAGCCUGGAUACAAAGCCAAAUUCAAGAUAACCAUAGGAAGGACAGAAGACAGACACGCGCUGAGCAACAUGCCUCUGGAAUCGUCCGAUUACGACGAGCACGAUAACGUAACAUGGGACCACUUCCAAGAGACGCCCAUGCCGAUGUCGACGUACCUGGUGGCGUUCGUGGUGUCGGACUUCAGCAACCUGAGCUCCAGCGACGGCUUCCACAAGACCUGGCAGCGGUCGGACGCCGUUGGCCAGGCGCGCUACAGCGUGGACUUCGCAGCCAAGGCCUUGACUGCCCUGGAGAACUACACCGGGGUGGACUACUUCCUGCCCAAGAUGGACCAGGUGGCCGUCCCUGACUUCUCGGCCGGAGCCAUGGAGAACUGGGGGCUCGUCACCUACAGGGAGCGGAUGAUUCUCCUGGAAGAAGGAGUGACGCCGUCGAACUACAGGCAGAGCAUCGCCACGAUAAUCACCCACGAGUUCGCGCACAUGUGGUUCGGGAACCUGGUCAGCCCCACGUGGUGGGAGCACUCCUGGCUCAACGAGGGCUUCGCGCAGUUCUUCAUGUUUUUCACCACCGCUCAGAUUGAACCUACAUGGCAGAUAGACUACUUGUUUCUAGUUAACCAGUUGCAUGGAGCUUUAUCUGUGGAUUCUUUGGAAUCUUCGCACCCCCUAACAACACAUGUUGACACACCAUCUUCAAUAAGUGCGAUAUUCAGCACAAUAAUCUACAGCAAAGGGGCAUCUGUCAUAAGAAUGAUGGAGCAUUUCUUAACCAAAGAUACUUUUCGCAGGGGCUUGAACAGAUAUUUAAAACAAAACGCCAACAGUACGACGGUUCCGGACUAUCUCUUUUCGGCCUUGCAAGAGCAAUACGAUGAAGACACUCAGAUGGAAACAGAGGCUGGCCUGAAUACCACUCACAGAAAUUUGCCAAUAUUCUUGAAAACGAUCAUGGACACGUGGACAUUACAGAAGGGCUAUCCUGUUGUUACAGUAACAAGGAAUUAUGCUGCACGAACUGCCACAGUAACUCAGAGUCGCUUCCUGCUGCGGCGGGACGCGAGCAGCAGCGACACACGCACGUACCGCUGGUGGGUGCCCCUGACCUACACCACGCAGGCCAGCCCCAACUUCACCUCCACCACCGCCGACCACUGGCUCACCGGCCUGCAGGUCAGUAGCUGGACCAUCAGCCUGGCCGCCAGCCCCGCCCAGUGGGUCCUCUUCAACAUCCAGCAGACGGGCUUCUACCGCGUCAACUACGACGCCCGCAACUGGGCGCUGCUGUCCGACUACCUGCGCUCCGAGUACCACGACGAGAUCCACGUGCUGAACCGCGCCCAGCUGCUGGACGACGCCUUCGCGCUGGCUCGGGCCGGGAGCCUGGACUACGGCACGGCGCUCCGGCUGUCCCGGUACCUCACCUUCGAGACGGAGUACGUGCCUUGGGCCGCUGCCCUCGGUGCCUUCAGCUACAUCGACCGCCGGAUGAUGGGGCUGGGAGAGUACGAACAUCACGUCUUCAAGAGCUACGUGCUGAAACUCCUGGAGAAGGUGUUCGCCUCCCUGGGGCUGGAGGAGCGGUCCGAGGACACCCACGUCACCCGACUGCACAGGAACCUGAUAGCCUCCUGGGCCUGCAACUACGGAGUCAAGAGCUGCACUGACAUGGCGAGGAGCGAGUUCGCCAAGCUCAUGGCCGACCCGGACAACUACACUAUUAAUCCAGACCUGAAGACAGUAAUUUACUGCAAUGGCCUUCGAUAUGGUGGAGAAGCGGAGUUCGACUUCCUAUGGAAUCGCUACUUAACUCACAACGUGAACACGGAACAGAUUCUGAUACUGGGAGUUAUGGGUUGUACCAGGAACGAGACGCUAGCUCACAGGCAUUUGCAAAGGACGAUAUCAAACGACUCAUACAUCAGAAGUCAAGAUAUGUCAACAGUUUAUCCAUCUGUCUACAACAACCAUUAUGGAGUGAACUACACUAUUAGAUUCCUGAGUGAAAACUAUAAUGAAAUAAUUGAAUUCAACAACAACUCAACAGCCUCCUUAUCUUCAAUUGUAUCUGGAAUUGCAGGAGCCAUUUAUUCAGAGCAACAGCUGGAUUUGCUGAAGGAAGUAGUCGCCAACAUCACGGCCGACAUCGGCUCCAACACCCUCCUCAGCAGCCUGCAGUCGGCCGAGACAAACCUCCAGUGGCUGCAGACCCACGGAGCCGCGGUGUCCGACUGGGUGAAGCAGCAGGACUACCGACUGCCCACCAGCAUCGUGCCCGAGCACUACCACGUGGUCCUGAGGCCGAACCUGGACGACGGCACCUUCCAGUUCGAGGGCCGCGUCAACAUAACCUUCGUGGUGACCGGCAACACGGACCGCAUCACGCUGCACGCGCACGACCUGGAGAUAGAGGAGGACACCAUAUCCGUGGGCGUGGGCGUCGCCGCGGUGACCAUGGACCCGGUGCGACAGUUCCUGGACAUCAAGCUGGAGCAGGAGCUGGUGGCGGGGAGUCGUUACCAGCUGUACAUGUCUUAUAAAGGGUACCACCGCGAGGACAUGAAUGGUUUCAGUAGAUCCUACUACUACAAGAAUGGAACAAAGAGGUGGCUCGCUUCUACUAAAUUUGAACCUACACAUGCUAGACGAGCCUUCCCUUGUUUCGAUGAACCAGCAAUGAAGGCAAAGUUCAAGAUGAUAAUUGGAAGGACAGCAGAUAGGCAUUCACUGAGUAAUAUGCCUUUAGAAUAUUCUGAAUAUGAUGAGUACGAUGAUGUGGUGUGGGAUUACUUCCAAGAGACGCCAAUGCCCAUGUCCACGUACCUACUGGCGUUUGUAGUUUCGGACUUUGAAAACAUGAGCUCCAGCGAUGGGUUCUUCAGCACCUGGCAGCGGGCAGACGCCACUGCUCAGGCCCGGUACAGCGUGGAUGUGAGUCCGAGGAUCAUGUCGGCUCUGGAAGAGUACACAGGGCUUGACUACUUCCUGCCGAAGAUGGACCAGGUGGCUGUUCCAGACUUCCAGUCGGGAGCUAUGGAGAACUGGGGGCUUGUCACCUACAGGGAAAUUUAUCUGCUGUACGAAGACCUGGUAUCACGGAUUGUAGACAAAGUGAAUAUCAUGACUAUCAUUACCCACGAAUUCGCACACAUGUGGUUUGGUAAUCUAGUCAGCCCAAAGUGGUGGAGUUGCAUCUGGCUGAACGAGGGUUUCGCCCAAUACUUCCAGUACUUUGCAGCAUCGAAAGUUGAACCAUCGUGGAGACUGGAUGAAUUAUUUGUCCUGGAGCAAACGCAUACUGCCUUGCAGUACGAUUCAUUGGAGUCCUCUCAUCCUAUGACUUUUGAUGUGGAUACGCCAACAGCUAUUAGAGCAAUGUUCAGCACUGUCAGUUACAAUAAAGGAGCAUCUAUAAUUCGGAUGAUGGACCACUUCUUAACAUCCAGUACAUUACAGCUUGCUCUUCAUCGUUACCUUGUGAACUAUGGGAACGCGUCGGCCGAGCCCGAUAACCUCUUCGAAGCCAUCCAGCAGCAGUAUGACGAGGAUGUGAGCAAGGAGGCACUGGCCGGUCUGGACACAGCGCACAGGAACCUGCCGAUAUUCGUCAAGACGAUCAUGGACACUUGGACUCUGCAGAAAGGUUACCCCGUCAUCACCGUGACAAGGAGCUAUACAGCGACUACAGCCACAAUCACGCAGAGUCGCUUCCUGCUGCGACGGGACGCGAACAGCAGCGACACGCGCACGUACCGCUGGUGGGUGCCCCUGACCUACACCACGCAGGCCAGCCCCAACUUCACCUCCACCACCGCCGACCACUGGCUCACCGGCCUGCAGGUCAGUAGCUGGACCAUCAGCCUGGCCGCCAGCCCCGCCCAGUGGGUCCUCUUCAACAUCCAGCAGACUGGCUUCUACCGCGUCAACUACGACGCCCGCAACUGGGCGCUGCUGUCCGACUACCUGCGCUCCGAGUACUACGACAAGAUCCACGUGCUGAACCGCGCCCAGCUGCUGGACGACGCCUUCGCGCUGGCUCGGGCCGGGAGCCUGGACUACGGCACGGCGCUCCGGCUGUCCCGGUACCUCGCCUUCGAGACGGAGUACGUGCCUUGGGCCGCCGCCCUCGGUGCCUUCAGCUACAUCGACCGCCGGAUGAUGGGGCUGGGAGAGUACGAACAUCACGUCUUCAAGGAGUACGUCCUUGGUUUAAUGGAGAACGUCUACUCGGAGCUGGGAUUCGAAGAGCUGGCCUUCGAUGACUACACCACCAGGCUGCUGAGGAGUGCCAUCCUGGGGUGGCAGUGCAGCUACGGGGUGAAAACCUGCACCGAACGAGCUAGAAGUGAAUUUGCGGCAUUCAUGUCCAAUCCAAACAUGCACCACAUACCACCGGAUCUGAAACUAGUGGUGUACUGCAACGCCCUUCGAUACGGUGGCGAAGAGGAGUUCAACUUCUUGUGGGAUCACUUUGUCACCCACAAUGUGAACACAGAGCAGAUCCUCAUUCUUAGAGUUCUCGGCUGCACCAGAAAUGAAACUUUGGCCCACAGGUUUAUGAGGAACACCAUUAAGAACGACUCUUUCAUCAGGGCUCACGACAUGACCAGGGUUUACCCAUCUGUGUACGACAAUCCUUAUGGUGUUGACUUUGCCAUCAACUUUCUGUCUAAGAACUACCAUGAAAUAUUGGCUUUCAAUAAUGACCAGUCAAGUGCUCUUGCUACUGUCAUCUCUGGUAUAGCAGGAUCAAUCUAUUCUCAAGAACAGCUGAACAAGUUGAAGGAGGUAGUCGCCAACAUCACGGCCGACAUCGGCUCCGACACCCUCCUCAGCAGCCUGCAGUCGGCCGAGACAAACCUCCAGUGGCUGCAGACCCACGGAGCCGCGGUGUCCGACUGGCUGAAGCAGCAGGACUACCGACUGCCCACCAGCAUCCUGCCCGAGCACUACCACGUGGUCCUGAGGCCGAACCUGGACGACGGCACCUUCCAGUUCGAGGGCCGCGUCAACAUAACCUUCGUGGUGACCGGCAACACGGACCGCAUCACGCUGCACGCGCACGACCUGGAGAUAGAGGAGGACACCAUAUCCGUGGGCGUGGGCGUCGCCGCGGUGACCAUGGACCCGGUGCGACAGUUCCUGGACAUCAAGCUGGAGCAGGAACUGGUGGCGGGGAGACGCUACCGACUCCACAUGUUCUACAAGGGCUACCACCGCGAGGACAUGAAUGGUUUCUACCGGACGUACUACUACAAGAAUGGUGUGAAGAGAUGGCUAGCAUCAACUCAGUUUCAGACUACAUCUGCCCGGCGAGCAUUCCCCUGUUUCGAUGAACCAGGAUUGAAGGCAAAGUUUAAAAUCAUCAUAGGAAGAACAGCAGACAGGCAUUCCUUGUCAAACAUGCCACUGGAAUCGUCUCUGCAUGAUGAGUACGAUGACGUGGUGUGGGACUUCUUCCAAGAGACACCAAUGCCGAUAUCCACAUACUUGGUGGCGUUCGUGGUAUCGGACUUCAGCAACCUGAGCUCCAGCGACGGCUUCUACAAGACCUGGCAGCGGUCGGACGCGACGGAGCAGGCCCGGUACAGCAUAGACGUCAGCCCGAAGAUCAUGGCCGCACUGGAGAACUACACCGGGGUGGACUACUUCCUGCCCAAGAUGGACCAGGUGGCCGUCCCUGACUUCUCGGCCGGAGCCAUGGAGAACUGGGGGCUCGUCACCUACAGGGAGCGGAUGAUCCUGCUGCAAGAGGGCGUGUCCACGAGCUCCGUCCGGCAGACCAUCGCCACCGUCAUCGCCCACGAGUUCGCGCACAUGUGGUUCGGGAACCUGGUCAGCCCCGCGUGGUGGAGCUACACCUGGCUCAACGAGGGCUUCGCGCGAUACUUCGAGUUCUUCGCUGCCCACUGGGUUGAAAACACCUGGGAUCUGGAUGACCAGUUUGUUGUUCGUCAAGUCCACACUGCCCUGUCCACCGACUCCUCGGGCACGGCUCACUCUCUGACAGUCGACGUGGGCAGUCCUUCUUCGAUCAGCUCAAUAUUCAGCACCAUCACGUAUAAUAAGGGCGCAUCUGUGAUCAGGAUGAUGGAGCACUUCAUGACUCACGAAACAUUCCGAAGGGGACUUAACCAAUAUCUAACGACAUUCGGUAACGGCACCGCGGAUCCGAGCGGCCUGUUCUCCGUCCUGGACGAGGAGUACCUCCGGGACUUCCCGGACCGGACAGUCAGCGUGGGGGAGGUGAUGGACACCUGGACCCUGCAGAGCGGGUACCCGCUGGUCACCGUCACCCGGAACUACACCACGGGGGCGGUCACCGUCACCCAGGAACAGUUCCUGCUGCAAAGAAGUUCUGACACUGCCGAUGUGAGUAGUCGUAAGUGGUGGGUGCCACUGACAUACACUUCUCGCCUCGAGGCGGACUUCUCGGACACGACAACGCGGGCAUGGAUGGCACCUUCGCAGACAAACAUCAGUGUUACAGAUCUGGUGGCGAGAAGCGGAGACUGGGUCAUCUUCAAUUUACAAGAGAUUGGGUUCUACCGGGUGAACUACGACAGCCGCAACUGGGAGCUGAUAGCCCGGCACCUGGACUCGGACGGCUACGAGGACAUCCACCUGCUGAACAGGGCCCAGCUGAUGGACGACGCCUUCAGCCUGGCGCGCGCGGGCGUGGUCGGCUACCCGGUGGCCCUCGCGCUGACCCGCUACCUGGCCCGGGAGGUGGACUACGUCCCCUGGAUGUCCGCGCUGUCCGCCUUCAACUUCCUGGACCGGAGGCUGCGGGGUCGCUCCCAGUACGACCACGAAGCCUUACAGAGCUAUGUGCUGGGACUCAUGGAGAAGGUGUACCAGGCAGUCGGGCUGAGGGAACUGCCCUCGGACAGCCACCCCGCCAGGCUCCACCGCAACCAGAUACUCACCUGGGCGUGCCGAUACGGCGAGCGGGAGUGCCUGAGCAUGGCUGCGUCGCACUUCUCCCUCCUCAUGGCCGACCCCGACAACUACCUGGUACCUCCUGAUCUGAAGAGCGUGGUAUAUUGUAAUGCCCUUCGACACGGUGGUGAAGAAGAGUUUAACUUCUUAUGGAAUCGCUACCUCACUCACAACGUCAACUCGGAACAGAUACUUAUCCUAGGACUCAUGGGAUGUACGAGAAAUGAGACUCUUGCCCAUAGGUUUUUAAGGCUGCUCAUCACUGAAGACAAUGGGAUCAGAUCGCAAGAUUUAUCAAGCGUUACCAGCUCGGUUGUCAACAACCACUACGGUGUGGACUUUGCCAUUAGUUACUUGAAUAACAGCUUCCGAGAUAUAAUCCAAUUCGGUAAUUCUACUAAUGGUGUUACAAGCCUAAUAUCAUCAAUUUCUGGAGCUAUUUCUUCUGAAGAGCAAUUGAAUAAGCUGAGGCAGUUCAUCGACGCGAACUCGGCGGAGCUCGGCGCCGGAGCCACGGCAACCGCACAGAGCAGCGUCGCCUCUGCAGAGCGGAACCUCCGGUGGCUGUCCGCCCACGGGGACACCGUCGUCGACUGGCUGAAGCAGCAGGACUACCGCCUGCCGACCGCGGUGGUGCCGGAGAGCUACGUCAUCCACCUGGUGCCGCAGCUCGACUCGGGGGACUUCACCUUCGCCGGCCGGGUGCAGGUGACGGUGCGUGCUGAAGAGGCGACCUCGAGAGUGGUCCUUCACGUGGAUGACAUCCUCGUCAACGAGACCAGCGUGGCGGUGGUGGCGGAAGGCGUCGACGGGGCGCCCGUGGCACUGGCCGGCCAGCUGCGCGACCCCCUGCGACACUUCUACGUUGUCCUCCUGUCCGAGGAGCUGGUCGCGGGGCGGAAGUACGUCGUCAGCAUGGAGUACCAGGGCUUCCUCAGGGAUGAUAUGUACGGCUUCUACAGGAGCUCGUACCGACGAGGGAACGAGACGAGGUGGCUGGCGUCAACGCACUUCCAGGCGACGCAGGCUCGCAGGGCGUUCCCGUGCUUCGAUGAGCCGGCGCUCAAGGCCACGUUCCAGAUCAACGUGGCGAGGACGGCCGACCGGCACACUCUCUCCAACAUGCCGGUGGAACGCGUCGAGGAGGACUCCGAGCUGGGGCUGACGUGGGACCGCUUCGAGCGCACCCCGAUGCCCAUGUCGACGUACCUGGUGGCGCUCGUGGUGUCGGACUUCGAGAACGAGACGGCGGCGGGCGGCUUCUUCCGCACGUGGCAGCGGGGGGCGGUUAAGGCCCAGGCCCGCUACAGCGUCGAGGUCAGCCCGAGCAUCAUGGCUGCACUGGAGAGCUACACCGGCCUCGACUACUUCCUGCCCAAGCUGGACCAGGUGGCCGUGCCGGACUUCCGCGCCGGCGCCAUGGAGAACUGGGGGCUCGUCACCUACAGGGAGCAGAACAUUCUGUUCGUCGAUGGGGUGACGCCGUCAAGUUACAAGCAAGGCAUAGCGAACGUGAUCGCGCACGAGUUUGCCCACAAAUGGUUUGGCAACUUGGUUAGUCCCGCGUGGUGGAGCUAUCUUUGGCUGAACGAAGGAUUCGCAAGAUACUUCCAGUACUUCACAUCGGCUGAGGUGAACCCCUCGUGGAGGCUGGACGAGCAGUUCGUGACGGCCGUCCACCAGGCCGCCCUGUCGUCCGACUCUCUGGCCAGCACGCACGCCCUCUCGGCAGACGUGGGCUCUCCCUCCGAGAUACGGACGCUCUUCUCGACCGUUUCCUACAGCAAAGGUGCUGCUGUGAUACGAAUGACAAAGCAUUUUCUCUCUGAUGAGACAUUCCAGCAAGGAUUACAAGAUUAUUUAAAAAACCAGGGCAAUUCGUCCGCCUCUCCCGACCACCUCUUCCGCGCCCUGCACGGCCGCUACAACGCGAGCGUGGAGUUCCCCGAGGUGGACGUGAAGGACGUUCUGGACAGCUGGAGCCUCCAGAAGGGCUACCCGCUCAUCACCGUGACCAGGGACUACAACUACCGCAGUGCCACCGUCACGCAGGCCCGUUUCUUCCUGUGGAGCGACGAGCGGUCGGAGGACGUGGAGACGUACCGGUGGUGGGUGCCCCUCACGUUCACGUCUCGGUCCGCCGCCGGCUUCAACUCGACUGCGACGAGGGUCUGGCUCAGGGGGACGCAGACCAGGAGCAUGAUCAGCGACAUCGGCGCGGAGGCGGGCGAGUGGCUCAUCUUCAACAUCCAGCAGACAGGGUUCUACCGGGUGAACUACGACCUCGCGAACUGGCGGCUGAUCUCGGAGCAGCUGAGCGGGGACCAGUGGCACGCCAUCCCUCCGGUGAGCAGGGCCCAGCUGCUGGACGACGGCCUGAACCUGGCGAGGGCCGGCCUCCUGGACUACGAGGUGGCCCUGAACCUCACCACCUACCUCUCCCGGGAGACCGACUACGUGCCCUGGUACUCCGCGCUCUCCGCCUUCACCUUCCUGGACGCCCGGCUGAGGGGCCUAGGGGUGACCGAGCAUGGCUACUUCAAGAGCUACGUGACCGAGCUGCUGCGGAAGGUGUAUGCCUCCGUCGGCCUGGAGGCAGACGGCACGGACGGUCACGUGACACGGCUGCACAGGAACCAGGUGCUCACCUGGCUGUGCUACUACGAGGAGCCGGCCUGCGCGCUCAUGGCGAGGAGCGAGCUGCAGAAGCUCGUCCAGAGCCCCGAAACCUACAAUGUGGAUCCCGACCUCAAAAGCGUGGUGUACUGCCACGGACUGCGCCAGGGAGGAGAGCCGGAGUGGAACUUCCUGUGGGACCGCUUCCUGAACUACGACGUGAGCAGCGAGCAGGCACUCAUCCUCCGAGCGCUGGGGUGCACCAGCAACCAGACUCUAGCCAACAGGUAUCUGAGGAAAACCAUCACAGCUGACGCAGGCAUAAGAUCACAGGAUUUGUCAACUAUAUUUCCUGCAGUGUACGGCAAUUACUGGGGUGUGGACUUUGCCAUUGAAUUUGUGAAGGAGAACUACGAGGAGAUAAUAGCUUUCAACAAUAAUACAUCUUCUGUGAUCAGCUUGGUAUCAGGCAUAGCUAGUGCAGUCUCAACUCAAACUCAACUCAACCAGUUGCGGCAGCUCCUUGCUGAGCUGGGGCGGGGAACAGAUAGCUCGACCUUGAGGUCCGCGGAGAGGAACCUCGCCUGGCUGUCUACGCACGGCCCCGCCGUGUCGGCCUGGCUGAAGAGGCGCUGGUACCGCCUGCCGGGCGACGUGCGGCCCGUGCGCUACGUCCUGGCGCUGGCCCCGCGGCUCGAGGGGGACUUCACGUUCGCCGGCCGGGCGGAGGUCACUCUCAACGCCACUCGGCCGACGUCCUCGGUCACACUCCACGCCAACGACCUGCUCGUCAGCAGUGUCCACGUGCAAUCAGCAGAGGGCGGAGGUGACCUGGAAGUCCUCCAGUACACCCUGGAGCCUGCACGCCACUUCCUGGUGAUCUCCCUGGCAGAGGAGUUGUCUGUCGGGCAGCUGUACACAGUCAGCGUGAACUACACCGGCCACUUGAGGGACGACAUGAACGGCUUCUACCGGAGUUACUACAGCCGCAACGGCGAGAAGAGGUGGCUGGCUACGACGCAGUUCCAGCCGACCAGUGCGAGAAGGGCAUUCCCUUGCCUUGACGAACCUGGAUUCAAGGCAACCUUCAAAAUAAGCAUCGCCAGAAGUGCAGACAGGCACGCCUUAUCAAACAUGCCAGUAUCAAACUCAGAAUACGACGAUACUCUGGACCUCACGUGGGAUCAUUUCGAGGAGACGCCCAUGCCCAUGUCAACCUACUUGGUGGCGUUCGUGGUGUCGGACUUCAGCAACCUGAGCUCCAGCGACGGCUUCUACAAGACCUGGCAGCGGUCGGACGCGACGGAGCAGGCCCGGUACAGCAUAGACGUCAGCCCGAGGAUCAUGGCCGCACUGGAGAACUACACCGGGGUGGACUACUUCCUGCCCAAGAUGGACCAGGUGGCCGUCCCUGACUUCUCGGCCGGAGCCAUGGAGAACUGGGGACUCGUCACCUACAGGGAGCGGUACAUACUUCACGUGGACGGUGUGUCGAGCACGGAGAGCAAGCAGAGGACAGCGGACAUCAUAUCGCACGAGUUCGCGCACCAGUGGUUCGGCAACCUGGUCAGCCCCAAGUGGUGGGGGGACACCUGGCUCAACGAGGGCUUCGGCCGGUACUUCCAGUACUUCACCCCUGCCCAGGUGGAGCCCAGCUGGAGGUACGACGAACAGUUCGUGGUGAGGCAGUUGCACGCGGCCCUGGUGUCCGACUCUUUGCGGACCUCGCACCCCAUGUCGCACGAAGCUUCAUCACCUUCCGAGGUGUCCGCCAUGUUCAGCACCAUCUCGUACGCCAAAGGGGCAUCUGUGAUUAGAAUGGCCAAACAUUUCUUAGGAGAAUCAGCUUUCCGCAAUGGCUUGAGACGAUAUCUGGUUAUGCAUGGUAACGGAACCACAGAGCCGGACUACCUGUUCGCUGCAUUGCAAGCGGAGUACAGCGGGUCCGACGUGAACGUCAAGACUGUGCUAGACUCUUGGGUGCAUCAGGUCGGCUAUCCCCUGGUCACAGUGACCAGGAACUACACCAGCGGCAGGCUCACCGUGACACAGGAACGAUUCAUCUCGGACGGCAGCGCAUCGAGCGACUACAGCUUGUGGUGGGUGCCGCUGACCUACACCACCCGCGGCGAGGCAGACUUCAGCGACACGGCCACCAAGCUCUGGCUGACCAGUUCCGUGCCCAGCGUCGAGCUGGCCAACUUCACCGCCUCGUCGGACUGGGUGCUCUUCAACGUGCAGCAAACCGGCUUCUACCGCGUGAACUACGACGACACCAACUGGGGGCUGCUGGCGCGGCAGCUGGGCUCUGACGGAGGGCUGGCGGCCGUGCACCCGGUGAACCGGGCUCAGCUGCUGGACGACGCCUUCGCGCUGGCCCGCGCCGGCGUCCUCGGCUACCCGGUGGCACUGGCGCUGACCAAGUACCUCGCCCGCGAGACGGACUACGUGCCGUGGUACGCGGCCCUGGGCGCGCUGUCGCACCUUGAUGCCCGGCUGCAGGGCGCCAGGGAGCACGAGUACCACAUCUUCAAGACGUACGUGAUGGGCCUGCUUCGGAGGGUCGUAGACGAGGUCGGGUUCGAGACAAGGCCAGCGGACGGACACGUGACCAAACUGCUGCGGGGCCUGGUGAUGAAGUGGGCGUGCAGCCUCGGGGACCAGAGCUGCGUCGGCAACGCCACGAGGCAGCUGGCGGGCCACAUGUCGGACCCCGCCAACAACAGGAUCGACCCGGACGUGGCAGGGGCGGUGUACUGCACGGGGCUGCGGCUCGGCGGGGCGGCCGAGUGGGACUUCCUGUGGCGGAAGUACCUGGGGAGCGGCGUGUCCACGGAGCAGGUGCUCUUGCUGGAGAGCCUCGGCUGCACGGACGUCCAGAGCCUCGCCCACAGGUAUCUGAACUUGACGAUCACCGCUGAAAGUGGCAUCCGCCAACAGGACAUCUCUCUGGUGACUUCCUCGGUGCUCAGCAACCCUGCAGGCGUGGACUUUGCCAUCUCCUACCUGACUCUGCACUUCCAGGACAUGGCGGACUAUAACAACGGGUCGUACAACACAGUUCUAAGGCUCAUAUCUAGCAUAUCAGCAGCACUUCACUCACAAGAUCAACACAAUAAGCUGAGAGAGUUCGUGGAGAGUCACCAGGAACUCCUCGGCACAUCGGCCUCGACGGCGCUGAGCUCCGCCGAGGGCAACCUCCGGUGGCUGUCGACGCACGGCCCGACGGUCGUCUCCUGGCUGCAGGAGCAGAGCUACCGCCUCCCGACGUCCCUGCGGCCGGAAACGUAUGUCAUCCGUCUGGCGCCUGACUUCGCCACCUUCACCUUCGCCGGCGAGGUCACCGUCACCCUGGCGGUCGUCGAGGCCACCGACCGCAUCGUACUGCACGCCAACGACCUGUCCGUGGACCGCGGGAGCAUCGCGCUGUCGUCCCUGUCCGGCGGCUCCGGCGCGGGUGUCGUCGACGUGGUCGAGGACAGUCGCCGUCACUUCCUGAUCGUCAGGCUGAACCGCAGCCUGGCGGCGGGCGAGCGACUAGACCUCAGCAUCAGCUACACCGGCCACAUGAGGGACGACAUGUACGGCUUCUACAGGAGCUACUACCACCUGAACGGCCAGAGACGGUGGAUAGGGAGCACACAGUUCCAGCCCACUCACGCGCGGCGUGCGUUCCCGUGCUUCGACGAGCCAGCUUUCAAGGCCAAGUUCAACUUCAGCAUAUCCGUGCCCGCAGGUUACCAUGCCCUGUUCAACACCAAGAGUCUAGGCUCGGAUGAAUCUGAGAUCUCCGCCGACGGCAGGAGGUGGGAGCGCUUCGAGCAGACGCCGCUCAUGUCCACGUACCUGGUGGCCUUCGUGGUGUCGGACUUCGUGGAGCGCAGCAACGCGGCCGGCAACGUGUCGGCGUGGCAGCGGGCCGACGCCGCCCGCCAGGCGCAGUACGCGGUGAACGUGACGCAGCCGAUAGUGAGCGCCAUGGAGCGGCUGGUGGGGCAUGACUACCAGCUCGGCAAGCUGGACCAGGCGGCCAUCCCGGACUUCUCGGCGGGCGCCAUGGAGAACUGGGGGCUCGUCACCUACAGGGAACGCCUGAUCCUGUGGGACGAGGAGGUAUCGACGACAGCAGACAAGAGGAGCAUCGCGACCGUUAUAAGCCACGAGGUUGCCCACAUGUGGUUCGGGAACGCAGUCACGUUGCUCUGGUGGUCCUACACGUGGCUCAACGAAGGGUUCGCUACCUACUUCCAGACUUUCGCCACUACGCUGGUGGAGACUGACUGGAGACUUGACGAGCAGUUCGUCAUCCUGCACCACCAGGCGGCUCUGGCGUCCGAUGCCCGCGAGACUUCUCGCCCGAUGAUCUACGACGUCAGCACUCCAUCGCAGAUUGCUUCUGUGUUCGACUUUGUCAGCUACGCCAAAGCGGCAUCCGUGAUCAGGAUGAUGGAGCACUUCCUCACACGAGAUGUGUUUCUGAAAGGCCUGCACAACUACCUUGGGACGCACGCUUACGGCAACACGGAGCCUGACGACUUGUACUCCGCCCUGCAGAACGCCAGCAACUCGACUGAGGUCAGCGUGAAGACAGUGAUGGACACCUGGACCACCCAGAUAGGCUACCCUCUCGUCACAGUCACCCGGGACUACAGCACGGGGGUGGUCACUGUCGAGCAGGAACACUUCCUGCUACGAAGGAGCUCGUCCCUCGCUGACGGCCAUGAUUACAAAUGGUGGAUCCCACUAAGCUGCACGAACAGGACAAUUGCCAACUUUGCCGACACCGCCCCGAUUACGUGGCUCCCCGCGGACCGCUCCCAGAUCUCCGUGAGUGGUGUCGCUGCCCCUGGAGACUGGCUCAUCUUCAACCUGCAAGAAACAGGCUACUACCGGGUGAACUACGACCUGGCGAACUGGCGGCUGAUCACGGAGCAGCUGAGCGGGGACCAGUGGGACGCCAUCCCUCCGGUGAGCAGGGCCCAGCUGCUGGACGACGGCCUGAACCUGGCGAGGGCCGGCCUCCUGGACUACGAGGUGGCCCUGAACCUCACCACCUACCUCUCCCGGGAGACCGACUACGUGCCCUGGUACUCCGCGCUCUUCGCCUUCACCUUCCUGGACGCCCGGCUGAGGGGCGCUGCCCCCCAGGACUACCAGCUCUUCACGAACUACGUCCUCCGGCUGGUCGAGAGCAGCUACAGCUCCCUGGGCUUCGCCGAGGGUCCGGCCGACCACCACACCGCCAAGCUGCUCCGGGCCCUGGUCCUGGGCUGGGCCUGCGACCUGGGCCUGGAGAGCUGCGUCUCCUGGGCGAGGCAGCAGCUGGCUCUGCAGAUGGGCAACGCGUCACACACGAUCUUGCCGGACGUGAGCAGGGUAGCGUACUGCACGGCCCUCAGGCACGGCGGAGUCGAUGAGUGGAACCACUUGUGGCGUCGCUACGAGGCGUCCAACUCCGGCACGGAGCAAGUCCUGCUCAUCAGUGUGUUGGGCUGCACCACCAACGAGGUGAUCAUAAACAGAUACCUGAGCCGCUCUAUCAGCGAGAACUCUGGAAUACGCAGGCAGGAUGCUGCCAGUGUUUUUUCGGCAGUUUACAGCAACCCAGGAGGGCUGGACAUUGCCCUUAACUUCCUCAUGAACAACUACAAGAGUAUUUCAGAAUUCUAUGGUGGCAUGAACUCUAUCGGGAAUAUUUUGACGGGAAUCGCUGCACAGCUGUCAAAAAGAGAACAGGCAGAUGCGCUGAAGCGGUUCGUGGAAGCGAACGGGGAGGACCUGGGGACGGCCCUCGACUCGUCGCGGCGGGCGCUGGAGUCUGUGGAGGAGAACCUGGCGUGGCUCGCCACGCACGGCGAGGACAUCUUCAGCUGGCUGCGGCACGAGGAGUCGAUUAGUACCACGACGACAUCGACUACGACAACCACCACUCCAUCCACCACGACAUUGACUACGACUUCGACAACCACCUCGACAUCGACUACGACUUCGACAACCACCACGACCACGCCUACCGCCCCCAGCACCACCGCCCCGUCAGCGGGCAGCCGGGUCACGGUGAGCCGCGUCUUGCUGAGCAUCCCCUUCGCAGCUGCGCUCGUCAGGUUGGCAGCGCUGUGAGCAUCCACGCUGGCUCGCACGAUUCGCAGACAGGCGGCGUCACACACGACCUUCCUCAUCCGACUUAUGGUCGGCCGAUAGAAAUAACAAAAUCAGUCAAUAUAAAAAAAUAUUACACGUGUAUAUGUUACAGUACUAUCCAGAAAAAAUAAUAAGUGGUUUGACACAAUAAAUAUGCUACUUAAGAACUUUCAAACACUAUCUGUUUUGAAGCCCAGCUGUACUAAACUCCGUAAGAUAUUGUAACCUAAACAAUGUGCCAAGCUGCCAACUACCUAUUCUGUGUUUCUGUAUGUGCAUGAGAGUGUUAAGUGCAACAGUCAUUUUGUACUUUCUUUGUAAUUACUAUUGCAAACGUUAAAUUUUGUACAAAAUAAAAUGUUAUAUUUUUGUAUUUUGUGUGUGUUCAAAGUAGAAAUAAAAUAUUUAUGAGUGUUA